UUCUCGCGAUACGUGUUUGACGACUGCUGCAGAAUUCAAACUAGCCGUUUGAAUUGAAACAAACAUCUCGAGCUAGAAAGCGGUUAGGGCUUUUCAUUCUUCAGUAUAAGAUGUCAGAUCUAGAGGAUGAGAUUAAAGUGUUGCGGCGGAAGGUCCAGGAAGGAGAAGAGGCUCUUCAGAGGGCUGGGCAGUAUGGACUUCAACUCUUGGAUGACAAAAUGGAUCUGCACAACAAAUUGGAGGAACAACGAAUUGAGAUGUCCAAUGUCAUUGAGGCCCUGGAACAAGAGAAAUACUCGUUGCAAAGGGAAACUGAGUUAAAGGCCCGGAUGCUGGAGAGUCUGCGAUCAGAAUUUGAUCUUGUCAAAACCCAGCAGAAACAUCAAAUCGAGCAGCAAAAAACUCUGCUGGAGAGGAACCAUGCACUUGAGCUCAGUGAUUUAAAAAAUAAGUUGGAAAAAAUUAAGACCGAUUUAGAGGAGGCUCAACUUGCUGGGAAGCAGAUGAGACACAAGUUGGACCAGCAGUCUGAAGCCCUAAACGGCAAAACCGAAGAACUUCGUGUCCUUACAGAACGUGCACAUGAAACAAUGUCCUCAGAGAUCCUUGAGCUGCAAAUGCAGAAUAUGAAUAUGGAAUCAGCAAUGGAGACUUUGGAGCAGGAGCUUCAGGAGGCAAGAUACAAAGAAGAGCAAUUACUUUUGGCCAACACCACCCUCCAAAGACAACUAGAGAGACUCACAGAAGAGAAGGAAGAGAGAGAGAAAGAGGCAGUGUCCUGCUACAAUGCAUUGGAGAAAGCUCGUGAAGCCAACCAAGACCUUCAAAUCCAGCUGGAACAGGUGUUGCAGCAGGCACAAGAUCCAAACAGCAAAGGCAAUUCCUUGUUUUCUGAGUUAGAGGACAAGAGAGCAGAGAUGGAGCGGCAGCUGAACAGCAUGAAACGACAGCACGAGUCUCUACAAAAGCAGCAUGCUCUUACCAAGCAACAUAUGCACCGCAUGAAGAUGCAGAUAGCCACCCUUAUGCAGCUCCAGGGCAACAGGGCCGACCCAGCACAGCUUGAAAGAUUGCAAUUCAUGUUAUCUGAAAAGAACAAUGAGAUAGAAAGCCUGAUGAUGAAAGUAAGAGAACUGGAGAAAGAAAAGAUGACUGUAAAAGACCAGCAUCCACCUGCCCCCUCUAAAGAGGGCGAACUUGUGGAUGAGACUUAUUACACAGACCUAUUAAAAAUGCAACUUUCAAAUUCGAAGAAGGAUGCAGAGAAACUGAAGGACGAGUUGUCCAUGGCAAGAAUGAAGGCUCUCUCUGAAAGUCAGAGAGUGCUGGAGUUGGAGAGGAAACUCUAUGGCACAGAGCAAGCACUAAAACAAAGACACAGUGACAAUAUGAGGCUCCAAGUCAAACUUGAAGAACUAAAGAUGAAAUAUACACCUAAUGAAGUGAACAAAGCACAAGUACAGAAACGCCGACGGGAGAAGUUUCCUGUACCUGUUCCAGAGGAGAAGUCAGCAUCUAGCAAAGCGGAAACUACAACCAUGGAUACUGAGCCAAGCAAAGGCUCCAGUGAAAAUACAGAGGAAGAAACCCUCAGUCAUCCCGUUGAGAAGCCGGUUGUGAUCCCGUUGCAGUCCGCACAACCUACAGAACCCAACCCCCGUGAAAGCAAGUCUGUUCGAAUCUGCGACGAUCCCCCAGUCUGCAUUCCUGAUGCACCCAGGUCUGCUGUAAGUGACCCCAAUAGCAAGAAUGAGGAUCAAACUCAUCAAAGCAGUGAAACGGAGGAGAACUGGAGAACUGAAAAGAAGAGGAGAAAGUACCAACAGCCCACUCACGUUAGCUCAGAAAAAACUAUGGCAAACGAGUGUGCUCAACAAUAGUUUGGCUAAUGUAAAAUGUGAAUCCUUUGUCAUUGUUUUUCAUAGUUUAAAAAAAAAGAAGAUAUUGUGUAUGUAUUUUACAAGUGUAUAAUUUACAACAUUAUUUUGUGGCUUGUCCUGUAUAUGCACAUGCUUUUUAGAAAAAUUUACUUUUAUACUUGUAUUAAUACUUUGUAAUAUAGUUCACUAUUUGAACUAUUUAAUAAAAAAUAAAAAACUG